GCUGCAGCGCACGCCUAUCAAACUCCAGUGUUUUGCAUUGGAUACUGUAUCAUCAGCUAAAGAGAAUAUAGGCUAUAUUGUGCUUGAUUUAAGGGCUGCGCAGGAAAAGAAACAGGCACCAAAAUGGUAUCCUCUGCUUAGUAACAAGUACACUAAAUUUAAAUCUGAAGUACAAGUAGGUGUUGUGUUGGAGGCUGAUUCAAAAGCACUGGUUGAUGGUUUUAAAGCAAAGGAGGCACCCCCUAGAGAAGGAAAAGCAUCUGCUCUUCUUUCUGGAGUAGACCCUAAAAGUAUUGUGCCAGUCUUGAAUGAAGAAGAGGGCUAUCAUCAAAUUGGACCAGCAGAGUACUGCAAAGACCACUUUGUCUUGUCUGUAACCAUAGCAUUUGCCACACAAUUGGAACAGUUAGUUCCUAGUACUAUGAAGCUUCCUGAACUACAGCCUGAGUUUUUUUUCUACUACUCAUUACUUGGAAAUGAUGUCACAAAUGAACCUUUCACUGAUUUAAUUAAUCCAAACUUUGAGCCAGAAAGAGCUUCAGUUCGAAUACGUAGUACAGCUGAUGUCCUUCAAGUUUAUCUUUGUGCACAGUCAAAAUUGCAGAUCCAUCUUUGCUGUGGAGACCAGUCUCUUGGAAGCACUGAAAUACCCCUGUCUGGACUACUGAAAAAAGGAAAUAUGGAGAUGGAUCAGCAUCCUGUGGCAUUAGAAGGAGCGUUUGUCCUUGUUCCACCAAAUAGAGCUAAACAGAAACUGCCACAAUUGCCUUUGGAUAUGGCUCCUACUGUUGGAGUAUCUGUAAUUCUGCAAAAGGAGAGCUUGAGUGUGCAGCCUUUGAUUCCCUCAAAUGCUCCAACUGAUCCUGAACAGCCACAGGAGAGGGUUCUUUCACCUACUGGUAGAAAAACAGAGGGUCUGCAGCAGAGAUCCCAGAAUGCCCCAUCUCAAGAUGACCAUUCUUCUUCAACAGAAGAUGAAGCAACAGAAAGUGAAGUGGAAAGCCUUAAGUUUGAAAAAGGCACAAAACUAAAGAAAACAGGGCAGGUGGCCAAACCUUGCCAAGAGACUAAUAAACAGUAUGCUGAAGAACUUCCAGUUUUCAAGUCUCAGAGCAGAGCAAAGUCACCUCUAUUGUCAGAUCUGCAAAAUUCCAAUGAUAAUGGUCCAGUAGCUGCAUCUCAGCCCGACCCUGUGGGUGCAUCCAGUUCUUCUGAGCCUGUGUCAACACAGAAAAUUGUCAUUCCAGCAGCUUCUCACCAUUUUUGCUUUUCAAUAGACUUACGAAGUAUACGUGGUCUGGAAGUUGGUUUUCCAAUAAAUUGCAUCUUAAGGUAUAACUUACUUUUGUUGAUCUUCUUGCUAAUAACAAUCCUUUUUGAACACAGAGCCUUCAUAAUCUGA